UUUUCUUGCGUCAAGAAUCUAGGCUAUUAUGAAACUGGUCUAUUUUUAGGGAUGUGGAAUGUGGAAGCAACGUUUGUAGUACAAACACAGGAAGUGUUGACAAGCAACUGACAAUAUACACGUGUGCGUAGACACGACGUGAUAUUAGUCAUAGUAUCCGCAUAAUAUAUAGGCUUGUAGCCAUUGCUUGCACUGUAAAUGUAAGUUUACAAAUACGCUGAAUACUAGUCGUCCACUCACUCCGUGAAGACAUCGGACUAAAUUUUCUUAGGUGGAAAAUGUCCCUCCAGGUAUUACAAGAUGAAGAGAGUCAUCAGGUUACAGUGCUGGAAGACGCAGAAGGAGAUGUGGAAGGCGAGGGGGCAGAGGCAGCAGUAGCAGCGAGCCACAACCAUGCCGUUACGUACAAGUUCCGAGACAAAAACAGCAAAAUGGUUGCUGCAUGGCAGGAACACUUUCAAGAUCACAAAACAAGGAUAGAGAUAUCUCAUGGAGACAUAUUUAAAGAUGCUCCUUCAGCUGAUGCUCUGGUGUCCCCUGCCAACAGUUUCGGCUUCAUGGAUGGAGGGAUCGAUAUGGUCUACAGCUUACACUUUGGUUGGCAGAUGCAGAAAAGACUCCAAGAAAUCAUCCGCACUGAAAAACAUGGUGAACUUUUAGUGGGAGAUGCCAUCAUCUUGCCAACUUUCGAAGGCGGGGCUAAGGAGGAUUCCAUGGAUUGGUCAAAGACAAACGAGGGCCAGUCAAUCAAAUGGCUAGUAUCAGUCCCUACAAUGAGAGUCCCUAUGAAUGUGGAGGGCACAGUGAAUGCAUAUCUCGCCUUUAAGGCUGUUAUACUGGCUGUCCAGCGACACAAUGAAGAUGCAAGUCAAGAAAAGAUCAGUUCAGUGUUGAUCCCAGGUCUGGGGACGGCGGUUGGGCAGAUGCCUGUGUCAGUGUGUGCAUUCCAGAUGCUGCAGGCGUACGAGACAUUUGAAUUAGAUAUGAAUACAUCCCUGAUUUCCCCCGAGGAACUGUAUGACAUCAGCAAGCACCACCAGAUGAUGUCAAAUCCACUGUAUUUUAACAGCUGAGAAGUGUUCUGACAGGUAACCAGAACCUGCCAUUCAAGGAUGGGAUUUCACUGAACCUCCAUCAGUUCAGAAUGGUACCAAUGCAAGACCAUGAAGGACUACAACUAAAUCAUGACAGCUUGUCUGUUUUGAAACACUGAACGUGCUAGUAAUUGAAUUUGCAAACUUGAGAAUGACCACCUUCAGUAUUUCAUGAGCGAGGAAGUAAGUUUUUAUGUUAUUUACAUUGGAAAGAAAUUCUCUUUAUUGUGUUUAUACUCGUCAUGGGUUAAGAAUUAACAAUUGCGUUGUCCAGUCAAGGAGCCAGCAUUUUCAAAAAUCCUUUCUCGAGAUGAUUUUACUGCUUUCAACACAUUACAUUUUCUAAAUGUUGGACAAUUUGCCUGUAUAAGCAACUUGAAAUCGUAAUAGUGUUGAGACAUGAAUAUUGUUACUGGUACACGUCUGUAUGUGUAAUUAUCUGAAUUAUUUAAAAUGUAGUUUCUUCAGUAAACUGUUAAGCCCUUGUGAAUUCAUGCUGUAUAUAGAUUUUCUUUAUAGAACUGUAUAAAAUUCUGUACGUGUA